AUGCCUAAAUCUUGCAAAAUUCGAGAAGAACGUAUAAAUGAAGCCGCUGAGUACGCUCGCUGCAAUAAAAAUCUCUCUAUCGCAAAAGUCGCGCGAGAUUUCGAUGUUCCCUACCGUACACUCCACGGACGCGCUUCCGAGAAUCGAUCGCCUCGUACUGCUCGAAUCCCACAAAAUAAAACGCUCAAUGAGUAUCAGGAGGAAGCCUUGAAGCGGAGGAUCAUCCGUAUGGAUGAUCUUUAUCUUCCUAUCACGAUAUCGAUGGUUGAAGAGAUGGCAAAUCGGACCUUGCAGCGUACGGGAUCGGAUCAACGCGUCUCUACAACAUGGGCCUAUCGCUUCAACCAGAGGCUUCCUGAUCAUCUCAAAUUGGAAAAGGUAGUUCAAAAACCGAAGGAAAAGAAGCGAUUAGAUGCCGAAGAUGUUGGACUGCUCCAAUUCUGGUAUGAUCAGCUCUCCAACGUGCUUAAGGGCCUUCCCGCGCGCCUCGUAUACAAUUUCGAUGAAUGCGGUUUUCAACCAGGCAAAGGAAAGCGUCAAAACGUCCUGACUAGGAAAGGCAGAGUUUGUGAUCUUGCCGAAUCUGAGCAUUCUGAAAAUAUUACAGCGCUUGAAUGCAUCUCUGCAGACGGCUGGAUCAAGAAGCCGCUUUUUAUCUUUAAAGGCAAGAAGUUUAUGGAAAGCUGA